GGGGAAAAUACAGUGAUAUAGCAUAGUGUGGUUUUAGGUGAGUUAAGAAUCUAGAAAUAUCAUGAGCCUUGCCCCCUUACCGCUUAGAUGCUCCUUUGUAUACAGUUCACACGGUUCACUGCCCUCUCCUGUCCAAGUCAGGCUCCACGUUUCUUCUACCUUAUAGAAAGGAUUCGUAGUAUCAUUUGGCUAUGUAUAAUCGUAGACUACCUAGUUAGCUUCAUUGAGAAAUGUCUUGAGUGAUAACUCGUGAUAGCUCGUGAUCAGAUCGCUUAGCUGCCAUAAGGAGGCGGUCAAGAGUUGAGGAACACUGUUCAGCCAUAUCUCAUAUGAGAAUAUCCAUGGAUACCUGAGGCGCUACUUUUCCCCUAGCUAGUCCCCCGUAUGCUUUCGUUCAUGCCCCGAUUCCUUUCGCCUUAGGACCCCAUAACUAUGUGGAUACUUCUUAAACAGUGCCGACGAAGGCGGAAAGAAUAUUACUUACGAACGCCUGAUUCCUAAGGUUAGGUCCCAACUUGUGUCUGUUUAUUUAUAUUUCUGCCUUGCACUCUGCCAUUUUAAAAAAAUUCCUUCUCAGUUCUUCCUCCGGCUUAGAAAUUUCCUUCACAACCGUCAAGUAUUGGUUCACCAGUACUUAUAUCUUUUCAUUCUUUUUUCUUCACGUUAACCUUGAGUUUUCUGAAGAUAUUUAUUGAUUGAUCAUGUCUCCAAGAAAGAAGAAAGGUCCACACAGGGUUGGACGCGUGGAGUCUUCGGCGUCUGGCGAUAGCACGAACUCGCUUCGUCGUCGUCGACUUCGAAGAGCGAAUGAUCGUAGAAGGUCGCCUGAUAACAGACCGGCUACACCAGAUUUGAGCAAUGUCAGGCCUAUGCCAGAUACGAUGGAUGGCCUUCUGGCACGCCGAAGAGGAACAGGAAAUGACAGCUUUCUGCCGUACAUCAAUCGCACAAGCACGCCGCCACAGACUGCUGGAAUUCCAGAAGGCAUGAAAUCCAGAGACGGCGAGGCUUCUUCAUUGACUACUUAUCAGGCCUCUCGCAACCAAUCACCUUCACCUUCACCCGCACCACGUCCGCCACACUCUUCUCCCAGGCGACGCAGAAUUUCUCGUCUAAAUGAUUCCUAUCCCAAUAAAGCUCGACAGGAGAUUCGACAUCCCAAACGAGCUCAUGGAGAUAUUUCAAAUCUACAGGCUUCUCCUUUGAAAUCUUCUCCAACACCUCCUUCAAAGCGCCAUGUUUCGGGCUCUAAACCCUCCAGCCGUCAUGUUUCGAGCCCUCAACGUUCAUAUAUCCGACCUUUAUCGCGUCGCGCCCGAAGCCCCACAGCUUCAGAUGAUGGAUCUUCAUCUGAUUCUCCUGCAUAUAGUAGGCCUUCUUCAUUUUUGAGACGUGAUCCCACGUAUUAUAGAAAUGCUCCGAAGCGAACUCCUCAGGAGCCUCCAAGUUCAAGGCCGCGAAGUCCCGUGAGCAGUCCAGCAAAUUCAGGACGGAGACGUCCUGCUUUGCUAGCACCUACCCCUUCUAGCAGCACAAAACAGGCCACUGAGCGCAGGAAGAUUUCUCAAGCGAAGCCUGAUGGAACGAAGAAUACUGGGCCAAAGACCAUUACUCCUUGGCGAGGAGCUCCAUACAAGAAGGGAAAGGCUCCGGAGCUCGACGAUUGGCAACCCAGCCCUACACUUGAUCCACGUGAACUUCCCCUCGUUAAGCGAGAAGCUUAUGAGAGCAAGAAGUCCAGUUCGAAGGGUGAAGAUAAAUCCAAGGGUGAAGAUAAAUCCAAGGGUGAAGAUAAAUCCAAUGGUGAAGAUACAACGAAAAGUGUUAGCAGUACUACGGCUGCUGCUGCUCCUCCACUUCCUCCCCGACUUCCUCCUCUCAUGGUUAGUUGUCGAUUUUGUCGCGACCUAUUUGACCUGCGGGCAGAAGACCCAGGAGAUUGUCCUCGAAUACGACGUGAGUAUAAGAUCCAAGGAAGGAGUUUACAAUUAAAAAAAGAAAAACAAAAGUCAGAUUGCUAACGCGUUUAAUUUUUUUUUAAUCUAGAUCAUACUUCCGAAUGGCUGUUGUUCGUAGAGGUCGUUAAGCGAAACCAAUGGACUUUAGAAGAUACUCCUGUGGUCAAGGAAGACCGCUGGCCAUGCUGUGGCUCAACGAUUCUGGAGAACCC